AUGAUGAGAGCACACGAUACGGAGAGGAAAUACAACGUAGUUCUGCUGAAAAGCCACUUUGUUCAUCGAAAUCACUUAUGUCUAGUAUUCGAGCUGCUAUCGUAUAAUCUCUAUGAUCUGUUGCGAAACACAAAUUUCCGUGGUGUUUCGCUCAACCUUACUAGGAAGUUUGCUCAACAGGUACGUUCCCACGUGUUGCAGAAUACCAUGUGA